AUCCGACGUGUCCAUGUAAAAACUCUGAAAUACUUGGGUCACGUUAAUCCAAGCUUCCUCUAUUUUAACCGAUGUAAGAACAGAAAAACGAACCCAAAACAGGGCAAAGCUCUCCGUCUCAGCGCAACCGGGAGAAACCCUAAUUUAUCUUUUGGGUAAUUUUGUAAUUGCCCCUUCUGAUGGGCGCGCCAAAGCAAAAAUGGACAGGGGAAGAGGAAUCAGCGCUGAAAGCUGGGGUUAUUAAGCAUGGGGCUGGAAAAUGGCGCACAAUUCUCAAGGACCCUGAGUUUAGUGGCGUCUUGUAUCUGCGCUCAAAUGUCGACCUGAAGGACAAGUGGAGAAACAUGAGCGUGAUGGCUAAUGGUUGGGGUGCACGAGACAAGGCUAAGCUGACUGUUAAAAGAGUGAACCAUGUGCCUAGACAGGAAGAGAGCUCUGCAGCUGCGAGGAAUGCUGUCCAAAGCGAUGAGGAAAUGGUGGAUAUUAAAGAUAUUUCAGUUUCUGGUGAUGCUCUGCACAUUGAUGGUCCAAAGCGAUCUAUUGUUAGGUUGGAUAACCUUAUAAUUGAUGCCAUAAACAGUCUGAAGGAGCCCGGUGGUUCUAACAAAACAACAAUUGCUACAUUCAUAGAGGACCAAUAUUGGGCACCUCCAAAUUUCAAGAGGCUACUAUCAGCAAAACUAAAGUACUUGAUGUCAAUUGGCAAAUUGAUUAAGGUGAAACGCAAGUAUAGGAUUGCUCCUGGACCUGGCUCCCUUACUAGAAGAAGGACCUCUUCGAUGUUUCUGUCUGAUGGAUGGAAGCUUCCAUCAAAAGUGGAUAGAAAUGAUGGUGAUGAUGUGCUUACUGCAGCCCAGGUUGACUUGGAGUUGGCCAAGAUGAGGACUAUGACUCCAGAAGAAGCUGCUGCUGCAGCUGCUCGAGCAGUUGCUGAGGCUGAAGCUGCCAUUGCCGCUGCUGAGGCAGCAGCUAAAGAGGCUGAAGCCGCUGAAGCUGAUGCAGAAGCAGCACAGGCUUUUGCAGAAGCAGCGAUGAAAACAAUGAAAGGAAGAAAUGCGCCAAAAGUGAUGAUUCGAGUAUGACAGCAUCUCUGUCGAGUGUAGAUAGGAGCUAGGUGUUUUUGAGUUUUCCUGGAUGAGAGCACAUGUUUUGAUAGUCUACUGGCAUCUUCUAUCGCUUGUACAUAUGUCGGAGAUUAUUCUAUGCCCUGUUGAUGCUGCCAACAAGUCUUUCAUGCGUCGCAGUACUAAGCCACUGCAUGUUGCAGUAUUGGAGGUUCGAACUGAUCGGAUGAUAGAUAUUGAGGUGCAGAAGUGAAGACAGCUGAUAUCUGCAGAGGGUUUUCGAUUGUUCAUUUCUUUUGCCAGUGUAGUUGAGAGGGAUAGAUUGGAGUGCUCUAAUUUAUUCUCGAGAGCAGCAAGGUGUACAUUUUUCUUAUCUCUAGGCGAAUCUGUUGGCUUUUUGUGCCUUCUUGUUUUGAAUGUGCUCUUUUCAGAUUCUUUUAUGGUGUACUAGGUGAAGUUUAGGCUGAAAUUUUUCAGGCUACAUAGCAGAAAUUUCGUUAGUGAAGACCAUUGAGGGCUGUAUUUUAUACCUUGUCAUCUGUGACAAACUCAAGUGCUGCUUCAGAUUGGGUUC